AGAAUUAUGACAUUAAUCUCAGAAUUCUGACUUUAAUCUCAGAAUUCUGAGAAAAAAGUCAGAAUUCUGGCUUCACUUUGCGACUUCGAGGGGUUCCAGAAGAAGCCAUUUCGUUAAUGGAAGACCAAAAGUUUGGCAACACCAUCGAGCUAAUGGAUGAUGCACUCCUGGCAGACUGAAGACUGCCGAACACAUUUCCACCUUCUAUUUUUUCAAAAGGCUCCUCGCAACAUUAUUCGAAGAAUUACAGCAGUUUAACUGCUCCCAACACUGCCUGCAAUGCCAGAAUUGGAUGAGCUAAUUAAACUCUACUUCAGACUUUCAUUUAGUAACAAGGAAAUACUUGCGAUUUUAGCACAUAGCAAUCAUAUAGUACUUAGUAUCAGAACUUUAAAAAGAAUUUGUAAAAGACUUGGUCUGUUCAGAAGGAAGAACCAGACUGACUUGGACCAAGUGCUGGCUUUUGUCCAAAAUGAGAUUUUGACCAAUGGACAGAUGCAGGGGUACCGUUGGCUACAUCUUCGCGCAGUUCAACAGGGAUUUGUUGUUUCCCAAGAUACCAUAAGACGCAUUAUCAAGUUGGUUGAUCCACAAGGUGUCGAAUUAAGGCGAGCACGACGCUUGAGAAGACGACAAUACAGCUGCAGAGGGCCAAAUGCACUUUGGCACAUGGACGGCUAUGAUAAGUUAAAGCCCUAUGGCAUUUGCAUCCAUGGCUGUAUAGACGGUUUUAGCCGAUAUGUGUUAUGGAUGGAGGCCUAUACCACAAAUAAUGAUCCUAAAGUGGUUGCAAGUUACUUCAUCAAGACAGUUUCAAGCAUAGUAGGAUGUCCAGAGAGGUUGCGUGCAGACAGGGGCACGGAAAAUGGCUGUGUCGAAGAGAUGCAGAUGUUUUUUCGGAGAAACCACCCUGACAGUUUUGCAGGGGAGAAAAGCUUCCUUUACGGAAGAAGCACAGCAAACCAGCGCAUUGAGGCAUGGUGGGGUACCCUCCGCAAACAGAGUGCACAGUUUUGGAUUAACCUUUUUAAAACUUUCCAGGAUGAUGGGCACUUCACAGGAGACUUUUUGGACAAAAACCUUAUCCAAUUCUGUUUCCUUAAUCUUGUUCAGGAUGAACUGGAUGAAGUUGUCCAUACAUGGAAUUCACACAAAAUCAGACCAAGAUCAAGUAAUGACGUGGGUUCAGGUCGGCCAGUGGUGAUGUACUCGUUCCCAGAGUUACACAGUGCUGAGGAUAGACUCAAACCGAUUGCCAUGGAGGAGGUUACUAUGUGUUUGGAAGAGUGUACUCCCAAAGGCCAGUUUCCUUGCGAUCAAACUGUUUUUGAACUAUGUUGUCUACUAAUGGAAGAGAAAGGAUGGGAUGCUCCAGCAGAUCCACUAGCUGCAGCUGAUCUAUACAUCAUGUUAAGGGAGGAACUACAGGGAUAUAUUUGAUCAAUGAAAUCCACUAUAUGGACGAGUAUUGCUGUGCUGCAGCUAACUCAAGAUGUUGUAUUUUUCUUUCACACUUUUCAAGAAUGUGUUUUUGUUGCUGCCCAAACUUUGCUAAAAGUGGUCAAAAUUACAAUGGUGCAUUUAUUAAUAGACAUUCAGUAGAACCAUUACAGGUUUGAUAUUUAAUAAAAUCUGUUCUUUCCACCUACUUUUCAAGCUGUUUUAUGGUGGCUAGUUGUAACCUGCUACUGGCGAAAUGAUUCACUGUACCUUUUAAAUGAGUCAAUUGAUAUUGGUAAUUUCAGAGCCCUAUUCUGUGCCGUGUUCCAAUACCCGUACUGUCCGUACUUACUAGCCAAAAUUUGA